UCAUUUCAUAGAAUAGGAAUAUUGGAUUGAGAGAUAAAAAAUGGCAGCGGAUGAUCCGGACGAAAAGAGUUUAUUUUGUCGCAUCAAGGAUUGCGUUCUCGCUGAACUUAAUCGAAAUAAGAAUGAAGUGAAGAGGGCCAAGUGUCCCUCGAGAAGCAUCUGGGUAUGGGACUUGGGACAAAGUAGCAAACCAGCUGAAGCCACGGAACCCCCAAAAGUCGACAGAGAAAUACCGACCAUCAGAAUAAAUCCCAUUGAAGAUAAGGAUAGCAAAGAUAGAAACGAUAAUAAAGACGAGAGGUUGAGGGGAGGGCAUGGAAAUGUAGACAAAGGUGGUGAGCAAGAGAAAAUUCAUUUAGAAAGUAAAGAACAUUCACAGACACACUCGCAUCUUGUUGAAAAAGAUAAAAGUGAAGGAAAUCAAAAAUCUACGGAUCAUUCGAAUUCUUGUGACUCCAAGCCUGUACGAUAUUACAUCAAAAUGCAGAACCCGGAGGCUCCGCCGUGUUGCGAGACCCGGAGGCCACGCAAAAUAUGUCCGCCGAAAAUGAGAAAACCCCAAGAAGAAACUCGUAGCCAUUGCCCCCCUCGACCGACUUGCAGAUGCGAAGGAUGCGUAGCGGAAUUCAACCAGCAACACUAUUCGAUGAAUUAAUACCGUUGCGCAGGGAGUUUGGCCUUUUUUUUUGGAUUAUCGUCACUUUAAAUGAAAAAUUAAAGAAUUUUGGACGAGUUUUAUAAACCACUGGAUCGAGAAAUAUUUUCGUGGAUUCUGGAACACUGAUAAAUCGGUUCGAGGGUGAAUUUAUUAUCGCGCUUUGAGUUAACAAAUAGGACAGAGUUUUUAUUCGUUUUAUCGGA